ACUGUAGCAGGCGUGGACGGUGACCAUUGGAGCGACUGGUCUUCUUGGAGUGAAUGUUCUCGGACUUGCGACGGAGGUGCCACCUAUCAAGAGCGGAAGUGUGUUCGGAGUUUUGACUCGGCGGAAGGCUGCGAGGGAGAAAGAUUUAGAUAUACCACGUGCAACAAUGAUCCUUGCUCUGCUGACUCUGUGGACUUCAGGACGCAACAAUGUGCCGCAUACGACAACGCCACAUAUGGAGGAAAAUUGUAUGCCUGGUUGCCAUACACUGACCGAAAGAACCCGUGCACGCUGUACUGUAUACCAAGGGGAAACAGAACUGUAGUUCGCCUAGCACCCAAAGUUCUCGACGGCACACGCUGCAAAUUUAACGCUCAUGACAUGUGUAUUAACGGCAAGUGCUGGACUGUCGGGUGCGACCAUCAGCUAGAUUCCCCACUCACCCUUGACCUAUGUGGAGUAUGUGGAGGCAACAAUUCGUGCUUGAACAACGGUACCAGCAGACGCUACCAGUGGAUCGAGAUCGGCUUGUCCCCCUGUUCCGCUUCAUGCGGUGUAG